GGGCGAUGGUGGACGAAUACAGCGGGGAUGAGGCCGAGUACGAGAUGGUUUACAGAGCAGCUGACGAUUCUUAGUUGAUGGUAUGUAGAGUAAUAGACUGACUGUCACCUGAUGAUCCUAUCCCUAAACUUUCCGAGGAUGCGGGGUCAGCCAAUCGGGUGCCUCUGUCUUGGUAUCCAUAAAAGGCAUCACGACUACCAAAUGCGGCUGUGCGCAGUAGCCCGUUCCGAUCCGCGCUUGGAGUAUUCUGCAGGUCCCGAUCUUCCACGACGCAGGGCAAGCGGCAGUAUUUCGGGUGUCGACGGUAAGCUCCCGUUCACUCUUGUACCGCUUGAUGGCCCUCAGACCGUGGGUAGCCGUCAGCACCACGGAUGGGUGACGUAACGGUACAUCCGAGUUGGGACUUGGAAUAAACUUGACCAACCGGUCUCGGCCGGAUAAGAUCUCGCAGGUCCGCACGUCAUAUGACACAUUCACACAGCGACAGACUAUAAAGACGGAGUCGAUUCAGUCUCUUUCUCUCACCAUUCUCUCCCACACACUCUUACACACAGACACUCAUGAAGGUUCUCGCGAUUCUCUACGACGGCGGCGAUGCCGCUCUCAACGAGCCCCGUCUGCUCGGCACGACCGAGAACAAGCUUGGAAUCAGCGACUGGCUGACUUCCCAGGGACACGAAUUCAUCGUAUCGAGCAGCAAGGAGGGCCCCGACAGUGACUUCCAGAAGCACAUCGUCGAUGCAGAAGUGCUGAUCACUACUCCCUUCCAUCCCGGAUACUUGACUCGUGACCUGAUCGACAAGGCCAAGAACUUGAAGCUCUGCAUUACUGCCGGCGUCGGAUCCGACCACAUCGAUCUCAAUGCUGCCGUCGAGCGCAAGAUCCAGGUUCUGGAGGUGUCUGGAUCCAACGUCGUUUCCGUUGCUGAGCAUGUGGUCAUGUCCAUCCUUCUGCUUGUGCGCAACUUCGUCCCUGCUCACGAGAUGAUCGAGGCCGGAGAGUGGCAAGUCUCCGACAUCGCACGGAACGCCUUUGAUCUGGAAGGCAAGGUCGUGGGAACGAUCGGUGCGGGCCGCAUUGGAUACCGGGUCUUACAGCGUCUGGUUCCAUUCGACUGCAAGUCUCUUCUGUACUACGACUAUGCUCCUCUACCUGCCGAGGCCGCCGCAGCUGUCGGUGCCGUCCGGGUUGAAGAUCUUAAGGAAUUGGUUGCGAAGUGUGACGUUGUCACGGUGAACUGUCCUCUGCACGAGGGCACGAUGGGGCUCGUGAACGACGAUUUGUUGAAGCACUUCAAGAAGGGCUCCUGGCUCGUCAACACUGCUCGUGGCGCCAUCUGUGACAAGGAUGCUGUCGCCCGUGCGCUUGCCAGCGGACAGCUCUCCGGGUACUCUGGAGAUGUCUGGAACGUGCAGCCCGCACCCAAAGACCAUGUCUGGCGGACCAUGAAGAACCCGCUGGGCGGAGGAAACGGCAUGGUCCCGCACUAUUCCGGAACGACUCUCGAUGCUCAGACUCGCUACGCCAAUGGCACCAAGAGCAUUUUGGAGAACUACCUCAAGAGCCAGCCCCAGGAGCCGCAGAAUAUCAUCGUCGGCAUCGGCAAGUACGAGUCCAAGGCUUACGGCCAGCGCUGAUUAAUAGCAAUAGCAAAUGUGUAUCAUAUGUACAAGAUAUCAAAUGCAAACUCGUUAUUCUAAAAUCGAUUUACUACUCUUUA